GGGCCUCGGCUACCGGCUUCCCAGGACGUUCUCCUUCGCCUCACGGGCACUGGGACCCGGCGAGCCAAAGGGGAGAAGUUGCCGUUGGAGGAGGCCUGAUUCCAGAGGGCUGCAGCUGUCAGGAUGCAUCGGUUGUAGGAUGCCUACAAGAAAAGAGAAGGAGAUGGCAAAGAAUAUAUUAAGAGACUGUUAAAGAUCUACAGAUUCAAAUUCAAUGGCAAACAGCUAUUGCAACACUUGACACCCAUGUUUCUGGGUAUCAUGGAUUUUCUGGAAUUCAGUCUGCAAAGUAUUCUCAAAAAAGUAAUGGUUUACUUGUAAGCUUCAGUCAUCUCUAUCAGUUGCAGUAAUGGCCAGCAAAAGGAAGUCCACAACGCCCUGUAUGAUACCAACAAAAACACUGGUACUGCAGGAGUCUCAGCCAGCCACUGCUGGAGUUGAUCAUGAAGGAUUUCAGCUAUCGGUUACACCUGCAGCUUCACCUGUUACUGAAACUAUUAGCAGUAAUCACAACAGUGGAACAUUGUCCAAUGGACACAGAGGUAUUGUGGAUGGGGAUACGUACAGAUGUAGGUAUUGCGAUUUUGGCUGUCAGGAUGCUAGUCGGUUUCUUGGGCACUUGGAUUCUGAGCACAUAGACUUUUGCAAAGACCCCUCCUUUGUGUGUGUGCAGUGCAGUCUCCUGGUAAAGAGCCACAAAGAGCUUUCUUGUCACAAUGCGGAGAGCCAUGCUGGGGAAACAAACUUAAUCUGUAACGUUGCGAAACAAGGCAAUCGCGUGAUUGUGGAGCAAACCAUUGGGGAUGCUGCUUCCAUUACCCAAGUCUUUUCAGGGGAUCUCCCAGAAGAAGGGCAAGACAGUCAAGCUGAAAUUAUCAUUACCAAAACGCCCAUUAUGAAAAUAAUGAAAACAAAACCUGAAGUGAAAAAAAUCCACACGCUGAAAGAAAACGUGUCUAGUCAACCAGUCAAUGAUCCAGAGAAAAAAGGAAGUGAACAGCCAUUCAACAAUGGACCUGCACCAGUGAGUCAGUCAAAUACAGUCAAAUCAACACCUAUCAUCAGUGGCUCGAUAGUAGGAAAUAUGCCUGUUUUGCAAGCAGGCAUCACCCAGCUUGUGCAACUGCAGCAGCAACCCCAGGUUCAGCAGCAACUACCCACAUCGAAAUCCCUUCCCAAAGUAAUGAUUCCCUUGAGCAGUAUCCCAACCUACAAUGCCACAAUGGACUCCAACAGCUUUCUGAAGAACUCUUUCCAUAAGUUCCCUUACCCUACCAAAGCUGAGCUUUGCUACUUGACAGUGGUGACCAAGUACCCAGAAGAGCAGCUGAAGAUCUGGUUCACAGCCCAGAGGUUGAAACAGGGUAUCAGUUGGUCACCUGAGGAGAUUGAAGAUGCACGGAAGAAAAUGUUCAACACAGUGAUUCAGUCCGUACCCCAACCCACAAUUACAGUGUUGAAUACGCCUCUAGUUGCAAGCCCUAACAGUGUUCAGCAUCUCAUUCAGGCCAGUUUGCCUGGCCAUGCCAUCAGCAAACCUGAAGGAGCUGGCGGUAUGCUGGUUACCCAACCCAUAAUAACCAAUGGACUUCAGAGUACAACCUCAUCUCUCACAAUAGCAGUAACCUCCGUUCCAAAGACCCAGACAGCUAAGCAACCAUCGGCUGUGUCAAUUUCUAGUCCUGCAUCAGCUAUGAAAGUGGUCAGUGCCUCUCAGACACAGCCCACAGCCUGCCCAAGCAUAUUUUCACAGGAAUUCCUAGACCCCAACAUAUACAAAAACAAGAAAUCUUUUGAACAGCUGUCUGCAUUAAAGACUAGCUUCUGUAGGAAUCAAUUCCCUGGCCAUGCUGAAGUUGAGCGGCUGACAAAAGUCACAGGCCUUAAUACAAAGGAUGUUCGAAAAUGGUUUAGUGAUAGGAGGUACCAUUGUAGAAAUAUAAGAGGCAGCAGAACUGUAUAUGCUGGAGAUGAUACAAUAAUCAUAGACUCAGUACCUGAAAUUACUUUCACCUCAUCUCCCAAAACAGCCUCAGAAUUACCAUCCACUGCAGCAGCAGUGCCUGUAACUCAUACCCCAACCCGUCGGCAGUCCUGGCAUCAGACCCCUGAUUUCUCCGCUACAAAAUAUAAGGAAAGGGCUCCUGAACAGCUGAAAGCCCUGGAAGGCAGCUUUGCACAAGAUCCUUUUCCUUCAGGGGAGGAAGUGGACCGUUUGAGGACUGAAACAAAAAUGACAAGGAGAGAAAUUGACAGCUGGUUUUCAGAACAGAGGAAAAGACAAGCAGUCAAAACAACAGCCCAGCAAGUAGAGGACGAUGCAGAAGAAGACUCCGUGGAAGAAGAAGACUCGUCGGAUGACUUGAAAGCUUCAAACGAAAAUGGUUCGUUGGAUGCAGUCAGUAGCGCCCAGACAUCAGGUGAGCGCAAAGUGACUCCUAUAAAAAUCAAUCUGAAGAAUCUCAAAGUGACCGAGUCGAAUGGCAAAAGUGAAUUGUUGGGCUUGAGUGUAGACAAUCAAAGAGAGAGUUCUCCUAGCAAGUCAGUUGCACCCCAGAAACCCAAACAAAGCCUUAAAAAAACAGCACAGCAAAGGCAUUUGCUUAAACAACUCUUUGUGCAGACCCAGCGGCCUACAAAUGAACAGUAUGACAAAUUGUGCUCUGAGUCAGGUCUUCCCAGGAGUGAAGUAAUCCGUUGGUUUGGGGAUAGCCGCUAUGGCUUAAAAAAUGGAAAUCUGAGAUGGUACGAGAACUACAAGCAAGGCAUCUUUCCUAAAGGCUUAGCUGACCCCAGUGAUGCCAAAGUGGAGAUCCUCCAGGACUAUUUUCAGAAGAACAAGAUGCUCUCUGAAGACAGUCUCCCGGGUUUGUGUGAGAGAACUCAGAUGACUGCCGCACAGGUCAGGCUGUGGUUUGCUGAAAGGCUGGAGGAAGAAAACAGGCCAGUUUCAGAUACUAGCAGUGAGGAUCAGUGCUCAAGCGUUGGUGAGCCACCCACCGGUCACAAAGGAGCAUCUGAUGCCUUCUCUGAGGCUUCUGAGAACAGUGAAUCCUGGGAGCCUGGGGGUCAAGAAGGCAGUUCAGAGCUUGCAGAUGGUCCUCUGCCUGCAGGAAAUCCCGAAACGGACGGAAUCGGUGCUGCCUCCCCUUGAAGGACCUGCUGUUAAAUUUUUGAAGACUCAGCAGCUAUGGGGCUGGUAGGAAUCUGUGUAGAAGGACCUGUGGAAACACUGCCGUAAUGCCAAGAACUUCCUUUCGCAAAGCACGUUUUGGGGGAGAGCAAUGACAAAGACCUUGGGGCCUUUAGACUCUAGCAUAGGAGCAGAGCCCAGCAUACUAUGCAGAAGAUCCUUUUCUCUCCUCUCUGUCAUAGGGCCUUCUGUUUUGCUUUCCAUGGGACUUUCCCCCCCUUCAAACUUCAUAUCCAUCAUAGUCAAAUUUUCUAAAUUACCAACCAGGCUUCAGAAGGAUCAUGAAUCUUGGGCAUUGUGUUAAACGUUCUCUUUUCAUAGACAAAGAACUAUCAUUUGGCACAAUAUAUUUAAGUUUUUUAAUAGUUUGUUCUCCAAAAGCUGGAUCAUUGCAUAUAUUCUCAUAUUUGGGUCUCUAGGUCUGGAAAUCAAGUAUAUUUGUGGGUGAUGAACCGUGUACAAGUUGUACACAAAACCAAUUGAAUGUCGAUCAUUGGAACCAUUUUUUUUUUUUAGGAGCAUCAUGGAAAAAACCUGCUGGGGGGGGGCACACCCAAAAGUGGCAUCAGAUAUUAUUUUGUCCUUCGUGCGAAAUAAUGUGACAUUAUCCCACCAAAUAAGAUGCACCUAUUCAACAAGUCUACAAUGUAUAUUUUUUGUAAAUCCUAACCCAGUUUUUUCCAAUUAUACAAAGCAAAAAAUUAUUCUUACUAAGGCUACUGAGGGGGAAAAAAAUGCAGGCUCUGAAGUAAUUGUGAUUAGGAAGUCACCUGAUUGGCCAAGUGCCACAUUUUACUUAUGAAAAUCUCCCUGUAUGGAUCAAAGCUGUUUAGAUCUUAUAUUUUUGCUGUGUUGUCAUCAUUCCAGCCAUGGAUGAGCUGGAAUAAAUUGCUGGUAGCUUUAAGCUAUAUUGCACAAUCUUACGUGCGUAUACUAGAAUCUAGAGUGAGGCCUGCAUUUUGGCUCCUUGUCGUUUUGCAAGAGUUUUAUUUAAUCAACUUAAUUUUGUAUGGAAUCUUUAAUUUAACGUGCCAGGAUUUUAUUUCUAGCAGCAAGGAAAUAUUUAUUUAAACGCAGGGAAUUGAUAGCACUAACUAAUUAGCUGUUUUACUGGGUACACAUAUAUGCUUUUGCUUAGGCCUUACGAAUCUUGUCUCAGUAUCAGAUCCCAACUUUGGAUUGCAUUGUACUGAGCAUUUUAUCUGAAGGUCCCAGGCUAUCCCCAACAUUUUUUUUGUUAAAGGACCUAAGGUAGUAGGUGCUUGGAAGGGCCUGUUUCUGACUGAGACCUUGGAGAGCCACUGCCUGUCUGAGUGGGUGUUAUUGAACUGUACGGUCUUGACAAGGCAACUUCAUAUGUUUAUGUCUUUUAUGGAAACUCUUCUGCCAAGAAGCUGAAAGAUCCUUUGUUGUUCAUUCUGUCUAGUUCUGAUAGCUCAAAAGCCUCUUGUCUUUCCAUGUUCUUCUUAAGAAGCAUCACAGCAACUCAAGUGUAUUACAUGUUGCUGUGCUUUCAAUGCUUGUGCAAAAGGUCUGUCUUCAGAUCGCUGCUAGGGCUUGAAAGCUGCAUUGACCCAAAGCAAGGAAGAGGUCUGAAUCCAAGGAUAGUUGAUGCUUAGGAGGUGUGUGCCCCAGACUGGUAGCUUAAGGGGACAGUGGUGCCUUCAGAGAACAAAUGCAGGUAAAUGUCUUGAGACAUUGUCCUCCCAGCAAUGUGAAUAUUCAUUGUAGUGAACAGGAAACAAGCCAGAGCUCCCAAAUGAAAAAGCAGCCUUGUUCACAUCAGUAGAGCUAGUACACAGUAGAGCUGUGCCCUUGCUUUACAGGGCUUUCU